AUGAACGAUUGUAAACGAUUUGAAGCGAAUAUUUUCAACAAUGGAAAAUGCAAAAUUUGCUAUAAAUCCAAACAGAAUCACUCGUCGGAAUCCAUCGAGAAUGCCAAGAUGAAUCGAAAAGUAACGGCAUGUGGAUUCCUGUAUGUCGCUCCUCCAAAUCUCGACUUUUCAAUGCAGAGCCAUUCAGCGAAACGAUGGCAGAGGAGAUGGUUCACACUUUUUGAUUCUGGAGAUCUCACCUAUGCAAUUGAUAACAGUAUGGACACCCUUCCCCAAUUGAGCAUUGACAUGUCCCUCUGCUACCGUGUCUGUGAAGCCCAUGCCAUCACUGGAAACGCACAUUCGAUCCUUUUGGCGUUCAAUAAAACUCGUGAAGAUCAACCAUCAAUAAUCUAUAUCAAAGCAGACACAACUGAAGAAAUUCGAUGGUGGCAGAAUGGAUUGAGCAAGUAUGCAAACUCUCAAAACGUCACAAUUCGACCACCGAGAAGGGGUAUCGAUGAAUUGCCAAUGUUGAGUGAGGAUACAAUGAAAGACGUGCCAUCUUGUGCAUCCUCCAGAUGCUCUUCCCCUGUCGAACGAUUGGAAAUCGAUCGAAUGAUUGAGGGAAAAGAAUUGAGAGGAUCAGUUCGAAGUGUGAAACAAAGAAGUGUUCGAGAUGAGAAGAAGGAAUCAGAAGAUGUGGCAACUCUUCCAGCCACGUCAAACGUUGUCAUAAACGUUCCAGUGAAUUCUUGUUCUCCAUCUCCAAGAGAUGAACCAACCAGCACUACAACUUCUCCAACGACUCCAACAACAACUCCUACACAGAAAUUGAAUAUCGAUAUUUUAAAUGUACAUACUUUACGAAAAGGAUGGUUAAUGUUGAGAGGGAAAUCAGAUAAUGAUUGGUGUAAACAUUGGGUGGUUUUGGCUGGACUUCAGUUGAAAUUAUAUAAGGAUGUUUGGGCUGAAGAUUCGACUGCACCUCUUCUUACUGUUGAUUUGUCCCAAUGUGAGAAUGUUUAUCCAUCAGCUAGUGCCAGAAAUUAUGGAAUCGAGAUCAAGUGUCGACGUGCUCGAUACGUUCUUUCUGCGAUGACACCCGGAAUUCGAGAUUCUUGGGUUUCUGCCCUCCAACAAAACCGUCAUCAUCCAUCUCCAACUUUCACUGAGACAUUUUCAAAUGAUGCCAACAGUUUGGCUGAUAGUUCUGAUAUUCUUGGGCUUCCGGUGAAAAAGAAGCACAUUGCCUACGUGGCUCCAGAAUCACAUCAUUCGAAUUCGAUGAUGGAUGAGCACAGUUCGACGGAGUUAGAAGAGGAAGAACACAAUACGAAUACAGCCAGAAGACGAAGAAGUCGUCGAGUUGGAAGUAGAACUUCAGAAAGUGCAGAUCCACGUGGCAGAGGAAGAGGAGAGAGUCUGUCACCGUCGGUUCGAAGAAGUCCAGUGGCGAGAGUGAAAGAGAGGAGAGGGGAUAUGAGACAAAGACACGCCUCCAAUUCAUCCGCUGCUUCCCAUCAAGAAAAACCAAGCCGAGAAGAACUUCAGAGACAUAUUGGAACUGCAAGCAGAAUAUCCAGUGACGAGAACCGUUUAAGAUCUUUGGAGCAACAGGUCGAAAAUCUGCGAUCUCAAUUACAUGAGGCAAAGGAAGAUUCGACGAGACGAAAGAGAGAAACUGUGAAUCAAGAAAUUAAAGAAUUGAGAAUCACUUUGAAAUCGUCCGAAGAUGAACUUCAAAGAUAUAGGAAAGAAGUUGACACAUUGAGACGACAGAUCAGCCAGAAUACUCAGACUCUAACCCUGCAAAGAGCCAUCCUAUCCACCCUUCGUACUCAAUUAUCGGCACUUUCAUCUCUUCUUCGUUCUAGUCUUUUCCUUGGAGCAGUCGACCUUUUCGAUUCUUUGGAUAACAUUCUUGAUCGAAUUUCUGUAGAUUUGAGUUUGGAACAAACUGAAGAUGUACUCCGUCAGACAACUGAACUCUUUGAAAAAGUCUCUUCUGCUGUCACAAUUCCAUAUCUUUCUGAUUCUUGGACAAUGACAGAACAGGAAAAAGAGCCGAGAGAGAAGACGCCAGACGAGGAAAUCGAGGAGACAAUUCGACAAAUUCGAAGGAAUCACACAUCAGAAGUUAACUCAAUUAAGUCACAAUGCGAACAAAGACUCGCUGUAUUGAAAGAAAGAGCAGAAAGAGAAGAAGGAAGAAGGAAAAAGUUACAAGAGCAAUUGGUAAUGGCUACAACUAGAAGUGACGAAUCAAUCAGUUCUGUGAAGACUUCGUUCUCUCAAAUGCUCGCCGAGCAACGAAAAACGUUUGAUGAGGAGUUGGAAGUGGUUAAAAAGGAACAUGAAGAGAGGCUGAUGGAAGAGAAACAUGCAACUAGAUUGGCAUUAGAAGCAGUUAGAAGAGCACAUGAAGAAGAAUUGAAGAAUGUUGCAGAGAAGAAUAAAAAUGGAGAAGGAAGCAAUAUUGGAAGACAGAGUGAAAUCUUCGAUGAAAUGAGAGAGGAAUUAAUAAAUGUGUGUGCUCUCUACUCUGCGAAAUGUCUGGAAAACUCCCAAUUGGAUGAGCAAUUAGCCAAUUUGAUCAGUGAAAAGGAAGCCAGUGUAGAAUUGUCGAUUGAAAAUGACAAACUUCGAUCGGAAGUGGAUAAAAAAUCAAAAGAAAUUCAUGAUUUACAACGAAAAAUGAACAAUUACGAGAAGCUGAGCCAGUCGAGAACAGACCCCGAAGUGUUAGCCGGUACGACAGUCUCGCGCGCUCGUCGAGAAAAACAGAAGAAAAGAAAUCGUCGUCAUGAUGUUCGAUUCCACAGUAACCCAAUCGAAGUACCCCAACAUCUCAUAGAAGACGUUCGUCGUUCCCUUGACGUUCCAGUAUCCGAACGUCGCAAAUUCUUUGAACAUAUUGCAGAGUACAGUACUCCUUUCUAG